AUGAUAAGGCUGAAUAUAUUAUUAUUCACCAUCUCAACCUUCAUUUCAGUAACUUUGGCAAGCAUUUUACCAAUAACAGCAUCAAACUCUUCUCUCUUAUGGGGAACAUAUCGACCUAAUCUUUAUUUUGGUACAAGACCGCGUUUACCCGAAUCAGUCAUGACGGGUCUCAUGUGGUUUGAUGCAGCCAAUAUUCAAGGAAUCCAACGCAUAAGGCACGCCUGUGACCAAGGGGAUGGUAUCGCAGGAUACGGAUAUCAUAAGCAUGAUGGAAGAGGAUUUGCUUCUCAAGUGAUUAAUGAUACACCAAGUAAUAUAAGAAUUCAUACUGAGUUUAUCAAAGUUCCCGGAGGAAAUAAUGGUGGGGAUUGGGGCGUGCGUAUUAGAGGAAUACCCAUUAAUGAUCAGGUUCCUUCCAUCACAUCUGUCUUAUUUUAUGUCGGAAUUGAAGGACAAGGCGGAGUAGACCUUAUGAGCAAGCUGUCAAAGAAGGGCCUUGAGUCACCUAUCAGACUUGAAGGUGAUACUCCUGAGCUUGGAGAUUUUGAAAUACAAAUUGUAGAUGGCCCUUUGAACACAUACCCGGGUCAAGGUAUUCAGCAGGAUCUUGCUCGCACUCAAUGGUCUGGUAAAGAAGUGCCUACAGGAAAGGUCUGGAGAGCAAAAGAUAUUAUCUCUGAAGAACUGGUCAUGAAUGCUCAACAAAAAGUACAAAAUGAGGGUAUUCCACAAGAGGAAAUAUAUACACAACCAUACAAGCUCUUUACCUUGAGCAACCGCUUAAUUGAAGAAGAGGGUGAAGUAGCCAACUUUUAUACAUUUCAGAAGAUCUUUCAGGGUGAAUUUCAGUUUGAUGUUUUAUUCCAUUCGUUUAGCUCUGAAAAGCCUUUGACGAGUGAAAAGCUUGGAACAGCACUUGUUAACAAAGAGGAGGAAUUUAAUGCUAGAUUUGAAGCAACCUUCCACCUGAAAGAGAAGGGAUUCUCAAAUAACAAGGUGGAAUUUGCUCAAUAUCUAUUGAGUAAUCUUUUAGGAGGCAUAGGCUAUUUUCAUGGAUCUUCUGUUGUUGAUCGAUCACACCCUCCUAUGCUGGAUGAAGAAGAUUUCAAGGGAGAGCCUGUUAGACCUGAACUAACUAAACCUCAAACACUCUUUACAGCUACACCUAGUCGACCUUUCUUCCCUCGUGGAUUCUAUUGGGACGAAGGAUUCCAUCAACUCUUAAUUGGUGAAUGGGAUAAUGAUCUUAGCCUGGAUAUUAUCAAGCAUUGGGUGUCCUUGAUUGACGAAAAUGGAUGGGUAGCCCGUGAGCAGAUCCUUGGGGAGGAAGCACGUAGCAAAGUCCCAGCAGAGUUCCAAACUCAAUUCCCUCAUUAUGCUAAUCCUCCUACACUAUAUCUCGCUAUAAAGCAUUUCAUUGAUCGUUUGGAAGCACAUCAGCAACAAAAGCUACUAGAAAAUAUGGUAGACAGUCAAUUAAAAAUGGGAACACUAGACGAAUCCUCUGUCUUGCGAAACUUGCACCUCGAUCAAUCAGAGUUAGCAAGUCAUUGGCUUAAAGCCAUUUAUCCAAAGCUUCGUCAAAACUGGCUUUGGUUCCGUUCAACUCAACGCGGUCACUUGAAGAAAUUUGGACGCGAGGCAUCCAAUGAUGAAGCCUAUCGUUGGAGAGGACGUACGCCAAACCAUACACUUACAUCUGGCCUUGAUGACUAUCCUCGAGGCGAUCCUAGUGUGGGUGAACUCCAUCUUGACCUUCAUUCCUGGAUGGCUUUCUGUACCGGUUUAUUAAAGGAGAUUGCUCACAAAUUGGGCCCUGAAUACGACAAAGACAUGAACGAGUAUAUUCAAAUACAACAGGAUAUAUUGACAAAUCUUGAUGAUUUACAUUGGAAUGAAGAAAAGCAAAUGUACUGUGACCAAGCACUAGAUGAGGCACAGUCUCCUAUUCAUGUAUGCCACAAAGGCUAUCUUUCUUUAUUCCCAAUGGCCUUGGGUCUUUUGCCUGCUGAUUCACCAAAAUUGGGCGCUAUUCUAGACAUGAUACAAGAUGAACAAGAGCUCUGGUCGUCUUACGGUCUACGUUCACUAUCCGCAUCAGACCCUUUCUUUGGUACAGGAGAGAAUUACUGGAGAGGACCUGUUUGGUUAAAUAUCAACUAUUUGACAUUACAGAGUUUAUAUAAGAAUUAUAUGCAUACACCCGGUCCCUUCCAAGCUCGCGCACAAACAAUCUAUACCCAACUAAGAGAAAUCAUAAUUCGUAACGUGUACAAGGAGUACAAGAAAACAGGCUAUGUUUGGGAACAGUACUCUCAGGAUGAUGGACAUGGUAUGCGUAGUCAUCCAUUUACAGGAUGGACCAGUCUAGUCUUGUUGAUUAUGGCAGAAAAAUAUUAG